GCGCGGCUUUCUGAUUAAGCUCGGAUAUUUAUGAGUCAUUCAUUCAUUAUAGAGAUGGACUGCGAAAAAAGCUCACUAGCUUAAAAAUCAAAAGUUGCAAGUUUUCGUGUUGGAAAUCAAAUUUUGGUGCACUCCAAUGGAUACAAUAACGUGAUCGGUUGCAUUUAUCAACAAUGAAUUUCACAUUACCGCAGAAUGACACGAUUAUGUUCAACUACAGCAUACUCGACAUCGGUAAUGAUACACACAAGAAUUUUACUGGAGCACCGCUUGAUUACAUUCCCUACAGUAAGAGACCGGAAACCUACAUUGUUCCGGUCUUGUUUUUCAUCAUUUUUGUGGUGGGAGUGUUGGGGAAUGGGACGCUAGUCGUGAUUUUCUUGAGGCAUAGGACGAUGAGAAAUGUACCAAACACAUAUAUACUUUCACUGGCGUUGGCAGAUCUGCUUGUUAUAGUGACAAGUGUCCCUUUCACUUCGAUUAUAUACACUGUGGAAUCAUGGCCGUGGGGUGAACUAAUCUGUAAGGUGUCCGAAACGGCCAAAGACAUCUCCAUUGGGGUCUCAGUAUUCACACUUACUGCACUAUCAGCCGACCGCUUUUUCGCCAUUGUGGAUCCUCUCAAGAAGUUUCACACCACGAGUGGAGGGAGGAAAGCCACUCGCAUUACUCUCUGUACGGCUAUUUCUAUAUGGAUUUUGGCGAUUUUGUGCGCCAUUCCUGCCGCAAUUGGAUCACACUUGAAGGAUAUAGAAGGACAGUUUAUCGUCUGUUAUCCCUUUCCUACUCACUGGUUGAACAAUAAGUAUCCCCAAGUGAUGAUUAUAUUGCGAUUUCUCAUUUUAUACGUUAUUCCUCUAACUAUUAUUGCAAUUUUCUAUCUCAACAUGGCAAACCACUUGAUUGUCAGCACUAGAAACGUUCCGGGAGAAAUGCAAGGGACACAAAGACAGAUCAGAGCUCGCAAGAAAGUCGCAGUCACGGUCCUGAUCUUCGUCCUCGUCUUCGCUGUGUGUUUCCUGCCUUCUCACAUCUUUAUGCUCUUUUUCUACUUCCACCCAAACUUCAAUGAAAUGUACAACGCCUUCUGGCACUAUUUAAGAAUAAUUGGUUUCUGUUUAUGUUACUUGAAUUCAUGCGCCAAUCCGGUGGCUCUUUACUGGGUUAGUGGAGCUUUCAGGAAACAUUUUAAUCGAUAUCUUCUCUGCAUCAAACCGAAACGUUCCCGCUGUAACACUUGCCAAGGCCAACACCAAGCAACCACUCUUUCCUACGUCCCAACCCGGAAAAAUAUGUCGGUUUGUAGCCGGAAAAGUCGCGGGUUGUCCAUCAACCGGCGAGAGCCCGUCAAUGGACAAGAAACCUCCAUCACACUUUUAGGUAACGGCAACGGUCACGUCUGUAGCAAAAUGUAAGCCAUUUUUCUUUGAUAUUAAUUUUGGAAAAGAGUUUGAUUUUUUUUAUAUCGAUCUGUGAGACAGCGAACGAGUCUGUACAUAGUCAAUGUUGAAGCUUAAGGGAAAAGAGUACACUUACAAACCAAUUGUUAAUCUUGAUGUACAAUAUUCGAUGUUUAAAUAAAAUGU